AAUUGGUACCUUGGAUAGCCUCUCUUUCCACCCUGCAGUCAGUGUUGGGCAGAGCCGGCUCUACUGUUGGGCAGAGGGGAGCAGCUGUCUCAGGCAGCCGAUCUGGGACAUCAAGAAAGGGCACCAUGGCCGAGAGCACAGACAUGGAGUUCUUGCAGGAAAGCUUCCGGAAAUUUGCCAUCUAUGGAGACACCAAAGCAACAGGGCAUGAAAUGAAUGGCAAGAACUGGGCCAAGCUGUGCAAAGAUUGUAAAGUGAUUGAUGGAAAAGGGGUUACUAGCACAGACGUGGACAUUGUCUUCAGCAAGGUGAAAGCAAAAUCGUCCCGAGUCAUCAGCUUUGAGGAGUUCAAACGGGCCUUGGAAGAACUGGCACCAAAGCGGUUUAAGGACAAAAGCAAUGAGGAGGCUUUUGAAUCCAUCUGCCAACUGGUGGCAGGCAAAGAACCCACCAAUGUGGGCGUCACUAAAGCCAAGGCUGUGGGGGCUGUGGAGAGGCUGACGGACACCUCCAAGUACACGGGCUCCCACAAGGAACGCUUUGACGAGAGCGGGAAGGGCAAAGGAAAGAGUGGGCGGGAGAACAUCGUGGACAACAGUGGCUACGUAUCGGCCUACAAGAACGCUGGCACCUAUGACGCCAAAAUGAAGAAAUAAGGGCAGCUAACCCAGCACAUGCCUGUGCAGAAGAAGGGGGCGCCCCAGUGACACACCCUUGCAUUGGGGGGGGAGGCUUCUUGCUGGGCCUACUCCCUGGCUCUGAGUUGUAGAAUGGAAGGGUUGCUGCUGUUCUCCACCUUGGCCUGGCCUUUUGCUUCCCACACCCCCAGACUCGCAUCUGUAACACUCUGUCUCAGAUUUCAGCCCCGUGCUCUUCCUUACCCCUCAACAGCUUCUCAGGCUUCGCCAACCCACCCACUUGCUCAGCUGGGAUCAUCAAGACUAAAUAUGGCUCCCACAGGGAAAGCUUCUUGGGUUGAGCUUCUGCUUAUCACGUAGCAGCUGUUAAAGGCACCAGGGGGCUGUGAGGGAAACAAGGUGGCUGCCUUCCCCACAACUUGCAAACCUCUGAGAAUGGCUCAUCAACCUCUCUACGUGGGCCAGCACUCAAGUCCUCUCACCUGGCCUGUAACCCACCCUCACCAACUUGAUUGGGCUGCAGCUCCCGUUGUGCAUAGCCAACGUGGCACUCUUGUCUGGCGUAAUGGGAGUUGUAGUCCCACACAUCUGAAAGGUGACUGGUUGGGGAAACCCUGCCCUCUGGCAUCAUUUCACCGCUUCUGAGCUGUAUAAGUAAAGCCGUAUAUGAAUAAAGCACUACUAAAUAUAUUCCUCAAA